AUGGAAGAUCUCAGUAAGCAAGAACACUCAUAUGAUUUGUUUCAAAUACAGAACAACGAUAACAAUAAUAAUAAUAGCAAUGGUAAUUGCGAGACAAAUACUAAUAACUCUAACACAUUUGAUAUGUUUUCACAGAUUGAAAAUGGAAAUAUGAAUAUCAAGCCAACAGUGGAAGAAAUAGGCAAUAAAAAUGGUAAUCCAGGGUAUGGUGGUUUUGACUCGAUGUUAGAAGCUUUGCCAGAUGAUAUAACAUUUGAUACAUUCUUCCAUGAUGGACUCUAUACUAAUAGUUCUAAUUCUUCGCAGAACAAUUUAAAUGGUAAUAUUCGUACAUCAGAAGGUGUUAACAAUGUUAUUACACAGUCUAAAUCAACCACUGAGUUUGGUGUAUUUAAUAACAUUACUACUACCCAACCUAUAGAUAUUACUUCUAAUUCUAAUAAUUUACAAAAUGGUGAGAUUCCACAACUCUGGGAUUUUACAACUGAGAAUUUCCAAAUGACUCCAAGUAAUUCAAGCGAUUCUGCCACAAUUAGUGCACCAAACAGUUUUAGUUCUGAACCUAAUCGUUCAAUUCCAUUUGCAUCUCGUUUUCAUAGUAACAAUAAUUAUAAUAGUACCAUUACUAAUAAAGUUUUACACGGUUCUUCUUAUUCUAAUCAAAAUCUCAUGAACUUUUUGUAUCAAAAUUCUCCAAGUCAACAUAAUAAUAAUAUUCUACAUAUUGUUUCAAAUUAUUCUCCUGCAUUUAAUAAUAAUAAUAAUAGCACUUUUAACUCUUUCAGUGAUAAUAAAGAUAAAGAUAAAAGUGAUACAAUUACUAAUAAACCAAUAUCCAUACCGUUGACUGUCAAUAAUACGACAAAUUCAAUACGAAAAUCUCAAUCUUUUGCAAGACAAUUAUCUUCUACAUCCUUGUCAAGUUUGAAUGUAAAGAGAAAUUCUUCUAUAUCAGAAUUAUCAACAAGUUCAAAUGUUGGAUCUGUAGGUGUUAAAAAACCACCUAUUCAAUGUUAUAAUUGCAAGACUUUUAAAACUCCAUUAUGGAGAAGAGAUACAAAUGGAAACACUCUUUGUAAUGCAUGUGGUCUUUUCCAAAAAUUACAUGGGACAAUGAGACCAUUAUCUUUGAAAACUGAUGUCAUUAAAAAAAGAAAUAGCAAAAAAAGAAUGAAAAAGAAUCAAGAAUUGGUCUUAGAUAAUAAUAAUAGUAAUAGUAAUAGUAACAAUAAGCAUAAUGGUAAUGGUAAGGUUAAGCUAAAUAAUGGCAAUAGAAGAAAUAAUGAAACAUUAUUAACAAAUUUGAGUAAUAGUUCUAUAUCUAAAAAUAUCGUACCAAAAUCAAUUGUUCAACCAACAGCAACCACAGCAAUGACAGCAACUACCACAACAAAUUCAACCAUAAGGAACAAGACUUUUUCCAUAUCAGAUCAUUCCUUAUUGACAACUACAGCUACCACAGCUAUGACUCCUACAACCACAACAACAAAAAUGGCAAAUUCUAUAAAAGAUAGUAUCAAUAGUAAUAAAGGUAAUUCUAUAGAAAUAUCUCACAUAAAUACAAUGAAUUCAAAUGGAAUUGCAGGUAAUAGAAGAAGCAGCACCUCUUCAAAUACAUCAAGCAGAUCAUCCUCUUCAAGAUCUAUGGUACCUAUAUUGCCUAAACCACCAGUUUUCUCGACAAAUAAUGUUCCUUUUAAUAUCAUGCCUCAUUCAUAUGGUUCUUUAAGCGCAAGUACAAGUUCCUCUUCAUCUCCAAGAUACGUAGCUCAUUACCCAGGUAACAACAAUAAUACUUUAAUUAAUGGUUUUCCUAUCAACAGUAAUAGUAGUAUGAAUCAGGGAGCUUCACCUUUACAAGCAAGUACAUUUUCUACGUCAGCAGGUAGAUAUACAUCAUCAUCUGUUGUUACAAUUAAUGGAAAUACAACCAAUAAUGGAAUUAAUAUAUUGCGUGGAAGAAAUUCAAGAAAUGCAUCACAUUCCUCCUCCUUUGUAGCCAAUUCUUUACAUAAUCUACAGAAUAUACAGCAACAGCAAUCAAGUGCUAAUGGAAAUCACCGUGUAACAUCACCUAAUAUUUCAACUAGUUGGAAUUCAUAUUCGAAUAAAAUAACAAGAGUUGUAAGUAGUAAUAAAUUAGAUUCGCCAAGUAAUAACCAGCAAAAAAGCUUUGAAACAAUUGAUACCAACAAAGAGCCACAACAAAAUUCCAACUCAUUAUCACAUACUUCCUUAUUAUCGCAACAAUUACAGCAGAAUAGAAUAUCUAUCUCUACUCAACCUAUUCCUCAAUCAUCUGAUUUGCAGCAUAUAGAUAAAUCAGUAUCAAUGACACUAUCAAAUCUAAAUCCUUCUGCUAUUAGAAAUAAAUCUGGUAUUAGUCAGAUGACAUCGACAUUAAAUCAUAAUCUCAGCACUAAUAGUAAUGGUAUGACAAAUAGUUACUCUGAAUCAGUACAGUUCCAACGACAUGGAUCACUACAGCAACAACAAUUAAUUUCGAAUUAUCAAUCAACGGUAUAUUCAACGUUGUACCAGGACUCGUCUCAAUUGAGACAGGAAGAACAAGAAUUGGAAACUUCCAAAGUAACUAAAACCAUGCAGGAGAAAGUAGAAGAUGAACUAGAAUGGUUGAAGUUUGGUAUUUAA